UCCCAGGGAGCAGCCAUGAAGAGAGACGUGGUGCAGAACCUGAUCCCCUUGCUCUGUCUCGUGCUGGUCGCCGGUGCGGCUGCAGAGGAGGAGAACACCUGCCCAGAGGUGAGCAUCGUGGGCCUGGGCGGAAAUGAGAAGCUGGCCAUCCUCAGGGGGUGCCCCGGGGCCCCUGGUGCGCCAGGACUCCGGGGUCCUCCAGGUGCUGUUGGUGCAAGAGGCGAGAGCGGACCUCCGGGAAUCCCAGGAAAGGCCGGCCCGCCGGGGGUGAAAGGAGAGAAGGGAGAAACAGGCGCUCCUGGAGAGAAAGGCGACAGAGGAGACCCAGGGCCCCUAGGACAAAUAGGAGAGAAAGAGCUGAAUGAGAUCCAGUGUAAGCAAGGCCCAAAGAACUGCAAAGAGCUCCUGGCCAAGGGAGUGGUCCUGAGCGGCUGGUACACCAUCUACCCACAGGACUGCACGCCGCUGACGGUGCUGUGUGACAUGGACACCGAUGGAGGCGGGUGGAUUGUCUUCCAGAAGCGGGUGGACGGCUCUGUGGAUUUCUAUCGGGAUUGGAGUGCUUACAAGAGAGGGUUUGGAAGCCGGCUUGCUGGAUUCUGGUUGGGGAAUGACAACAUCCACCUGUUGAGCAGUUUAGGAGAGAACGAGCUGCGUGUGGAUCUCACCGAUUUCGACAAUCAACACACAUUCGCCACAUAUCAGUCCUUCAGGAUUGCAGCAGAAACGGAUCAAUACAGGCUGGCACUCGGAAGCUUCCUUGAGGGCACUGCAGGCGAUUCCCUCUCCGGCCACAACAGCAUGCCUUUCUCCACCAAAGACCGGCAGCAAGACCCGAGCAACAGCCAAUGCGCGGUGACCUACAAGGGGGCCUGGUGGUACAACGCUUGCCACACCUCCAACCUCAAUGGGAUCUACUGGCUGGGGGCACACAGCACUUUUGCUGACGGGGUGAACUGGCAGACUGGCAAAGGGUACUACUAUUCCUACAAGCGCUCAGAAAUGAAAUUCAGGCCCCGGGCUUAGUCGGGAUGGAGUAGCUUCCAUUGCUGAGCCAUAACUACGGUAGGGCCGUUCACACGAUCGGUAUCUGGGUCGGGGAUGCUUCCUAACCAAGUUCGUUAUGUGUGUGCUCCUGUUUUGUGAUUGUGUGUGAGUGGGGGAGCUGAUCUUCCGGUAGCGAGCAUGAAUUGUCCCCCUUUGCCAAGCAGGGUCUGCCCUGGUUUGCAUUUGAAUGGGAGACUACAUGUGUGAACACUGUGAGAGCCCCACCCUGUAGGGGAUGAGGCCCCUCUGGGAGGAACAUCUGCCUGCUUGCAUGCAGAAGGUUCCAAGUCCCCACCUCCCCGGCCAGCAGCAUCUCCAAGAGAGGGCUGAGAGAGAUUCCUGCCUGCAACCUUGGGGAAGCCGCUGCCAGUCUGUGAAGACAAUACUGAGCGAGGUGGACCAAGGGACUGACUCCGUAUAUGGCAGCUUCCUAUGUUAAUAUGAGUGUAAAACAACCUGGGAAGCAAGGAGCUUGACCACUUGCCAAGUUGGAGACCCAAGACAGCUGGAGACCCAAGAUUUGAGAGCCGCGGUGGGGUGUGUGUGUGUGUGUGCUUGUCCCUACCUACCCAGAGCUUAGCACACGAUCAAGUUCCCUUUGGACUCGCAGAAGACGGGAUAUGCCCAACUCCGAGACCCGGGUAGGAUCCAUCCAGUGACCCUGUAAGCAGGGAUUCCCAGAUGUUGUGGACUACAACUCCCAUAAUCCCCAGCCAAAGGCCAGUACAGCUGAAGAUGCUGGGAGUUGUAGUCAACAACAUUUGGGAACCCAUGUGGAACUCUGGGUCCAUCUCCUAGCCAAGUUCCGAUCGUGUGAACUGCCCUUGUAUCUCCGUGGGUGCCCUAGAUUCAAGGAUGCAGAGUGAACCCUUCUGCCUCUCCUUUCACUGCAAUGGGGUCUACUCAGGAGGAGGACUCCCCAACGGCCCGUCCACCGUACAAAUCGGCACAAGGGGAGGCAACCCGGAAAUCCCAACCACAUCAGCCCCAACCACAUCAGCAAUGCUGAGUCGGCACCAACACGCAAGAGGUUGAUAA